GGGAUCGGCUGCGACAGUUACAGCAAGUCUCAAGAUUCUUUGAGCACCCGGAGAUGUGGAAGCCGACACAGGGACUUGAGGCCACCCUCGACAAAGCAUACAGGCUCAUCAUAGACUGUCAGCAUAGCAGCUACACGUACAAGUUCUGCUGGGGCUCUGAUAUUGCCGACAAGUUAGAAUCGGUGCUGAAGGAUAUGGAUGCCUGGAAUCAGCAUCUGACUAAUGUCAAAGUGGACAUACUGUUCAAUGCAUUCACAGUUAUUGUCACACGGGAUUUCCAUGGGAACAGAAAUACCAUCAAGCAGGAUGGUGCUCAUGUACCUCCUGCGGGAUCAUCUUCUAGUCAUUUGAACAACAAUGACAGGGGAAAACUGAUUGGUGAUUUAGGACAGUUUCAACUGCUAGCAGAGCCUCAAAUAUUUACGGUAGAAGGGUACUUCCUGGCAGGUGCUGCUGUUGGUGUCCCAACAUUUGCUACAGCAGAACAGUUGGCGCAAGUGACAAAUCACUUCUCACUGGACAAUAACAUCGGAUUCGGUGGCUCUAGCUAUGUUUACAAGGGGCAACUAAAAUCAGGAGUCAAGGUCGCAGUCAAAAGAGCAUCAUACGAAGGGAAAAUUCCAUUUGAACAUUUCAAAAAUGAAAUUGAGCUAAUUCCGAAGCUUCAGCACACAAAUAUAGUUAAGCUUCUAGGAUAUUGUAUCCAAAAGAGGGAGAGAAUCUUGGUAUUCGAGUAUAUGCCAAACGGAAGCUUGGAUUCCUUCAUACACGGUGAGAGAUCAAGGGAGGCACUGGAGUGGCCUAAGCGCCAUCAAAUAAUCAAAGGGAUAGCUCAGGGAGCUAAAUAUCUGCAACAACAGUGCGAGCCACGCAUAAUUCACGGGGAUUUAAAGCCAGGCAACAUACUCUUGGACUCUGACUUCAACCCUAAGAUUUGCGACUUUGGGAUAUCGAAAGCACUGAAGCCAGGUGCAGAUGAGGACUGCACUGGCAUUAUAACAGGCUCACGUGGGUUCAUUGCACCUGAAUAUAUCGGACGAGGCUGUUUAUCCAUAAAGUCUGAUGUGUACAGCUUUGGAGUUACUCUUCUUCAGAUCAUUAGCAGGAAGAGGCUCCCUCCACCUCCACUAGCACUAUCAGCUCAAUCACGCGACUAUGGGCCUCUUAAUAAGUGGGCGUGGGACUUGUGCCUAGCAGGACGGCUCCUGGAGUUCAUUGAUCCAAUGCUGCAUGGAGAGCCACAAAAUGCCGAGAUAAUUAGAUGGGUUCAGAUAGCAUUGUUGUGUGUUCAGGAGGACCCAGAGGAGCGACCGAGCAUGUCGGAUGUUCUUCUAAUGCUGAGCUCUGAAAACAACAUCCACAAACAACCCAAACGACCUGCUUAUUACUAAAUGAGAGAUUUCCUAUGCUGGUUAAGCUCAAGAUGGAGACUGACAAUCUGAACUGAAAACUGGGCCAAAGUGAAAUAUAUUGUUAGGAUGCAUGUGUUCUCCUAUGGCAGAUGCUACAGAGCCAUAAUGACUAUAUUAUCUCACAAAAUCAUUUUGAUGUGAAUUA